CCGCGUAAAGCUACCAUGGCGGGAGGAAUCAAAGUGGCGCCGCGGUCGGCGGUUGGUCCCGGGCCCUGGCGCAUGGGGGCCGGGGGCGGCGGCGGUGCCGCGUGGCUGCUCUUGGUCGUGUCCGGAUGCGUGGUAUGCGACUCAGCUGGAAUUAAUGUAAAUGUGGUCAUGCUUCAGGAGUCCCAAGUUGAUAUGAAUUCCAGUCAACAAUUUUGUUAUAAAAAUGUGCUUAUCCCCAAGUGGCAUGACAUAUGGACACGGAUACAGGUCCGGGUGAAUAGCUCCAAAUUGGUCCGGGUCACCCAGGUGGACAGUGAGGAGAAGCUGAAGGAGCUAGAGCAGUUCAGUGUCUGGAACUUUUUUUCCUCCUUUUUAAAAGAGAAGUUGAAUGACACCUAUGUUAAUGUGGGUCUGUACAGCACAAAGACCUGCCUCAAAGUUGACAUUAUAGAGAAGGACACCAAAUACAGUGUCAUUGUGACGCGGAGAUUUGACCCCAAACUUUUCCUUGUUUUCCUCCUUGGACUUACGCUCUUUUUUUGUGGAGACUUGUUGAGCAGGAGUCAAGUUUUCUACUACUCCACUGGCAUGAGCGUGGGGAUUGUAGCCUCUCUGUUGAUCAUCAUCUUCAUGCUCUCCAAAUUCAUGCCCAAGAGAAGUCCCAUUUAUGUCAUCCUGGUAGGAGGCUGGUCUUUUUCUCUGUACCUCAUACAGCUAGUUUUUAAGAAUUUACAAGAGAUAUGGAGGUGUUAUUGGCAUUAUCUUCUGAGCUACAUCCUCACGGUUGGAUUCAUGAGUUUCGCAGUGUGCUACAAGUAUGGACCCUUGGAGAAUGAACGAAGUAUCAAUCUGCUGACCUGGGCGUUGCAGCUGGUGGGCCUGGGGCUCAUGUACGCCAGCAUUCAGAUGCCACACAUUGCCUUUGCUCUGGUUGUCAUUGCACUGUGCACCAAGAACCUGGAGUACCCUGUGCAUUGGCUGUACACCACCUACAGAAGGAUGUGUAAGGCAAGAGAAAUGCCUGUCCCCCCUCGCCUCCUGACAGAAGAAGAGUAUCGGAUACAAGGAGAGGUGGAGACCCAAAAGGCUUUACAGGAACUCCGAGAAUUUUGUAACAGUCCAGAGUGCUCUGCCUGGAAGACUAUAUCUCGAAUUCAGUCUCCCAAAAGAUUUGCUGACUUCGUGGAAGGUUCUUUUCACCUCACGCCAAAUGAAGUUUCUGUUCAUGAGCAGGAAUAUGGCUUAGGGAGCAUAAUUGCCCAGGACGAGGAGCUAUCCUCAGAGGAGGAGGGCUUGGAGGACGCCACUCCCACACACAACUACUUGUGGACUUAGAUGGCAGUCAGCUACUUGUGUGUAGACUGACAUGAUGCCUUGAUGACGCAUGUUGUAAGUGCUGUGUGGUUCUCCCAGGCUUUAGAACCGCACAGAGAGAUGAGCAUGCCCCACUGAAAUGAGGGCCGAGUGGCUUACCCCUGGCAGCACUUCUGGUGGUCUCCA